AACACAUUGUCGCCAUGGAGCGCCCACCCCUUUCCAGCUGCCAAGUCUUUUGGUGAUGGAGCAGAGCCUUCGGGACCGGCUGGCCUGGGCGCGCGAGGGCGCGCCGGUCUUCGUGCCGGGCCGACGGGCGCACUGCUCUUUGUCUUUGGAGCGUCCGCGAGAGGAGCCCGCGCCGCGCAGCGUGACCUGCAGCCCUGCUGGACAGGUUUGGUGUGGCGGGCCGGCUGCCCAGAACGUCAGAUGCGUCGGAGCAGGCCUUGGACCGAUGAUUUUUCUUGGGAAAAGUGUGCCGAUUCCGGGGUGGAACGCACCGCCUACUGACGCAGCGAGAUCCAGCAGCGCGGAGCUAAGUCAUGGACCGCUGGAGGACAGCGUGAGCCAGGUCAUCCGGGCGGUGUUCACCGCGCACCCUCGGAACUUUGUCAUCGCCGAGGUGAGGAACAACGUGGUGGUGGUAGCAGAGGAGCGCGCGAGUACCCUGGCUCGCUUUCCCGGCGACUGCAACAAGAAGGUGGUGGGAGUGGACUUCAUUCAAGAGGCCAUGCUGAAGGAGAAGGAGAAGGCUGCGGCGGAAGCGAGAAGAAAGAAGGCUGAGGCCGUCCGCAAAAAGUUUGGGAGGAAUCAUUUGACGCCGCAGAAUUCGCAAGAUGGUCUUGCACCAGAUGUUUAAGCCGAUCAUUUGAUGCUGUGACGAUGUCAG